UAAUGAGGGGAUGGUGAUAGGAAUUAGAAUGGGAGCUAUGAAAAUAUAGUUAAAUGUCAAGGAAUUUUUUUCAGUAAUUAUUUUGUGUUCAGUGUAGGCUUAGUGCUCAUGUAAGGGCUGAGUGAAAACUUGAAGACUCACUUUUCAGUCAGCUUGGAGUCUCUUCCUGGUGCCAGUACAGAGAGUCAUGAUGCAGGUCUUCCUUAUGUUUUGAAGGAUGGAACAUAAUCCAGUGACUGAUACCUGGGUUCAUUCUAAGCCAACAGAGCAUCCGCACAGGCUAAAUCCCACACUGAACAGUGAAAACGUCAUGGCGGUCCAGCAGCAGAUUACCACAGUGACAACACGCACAACCUGCAGUUCAGGCACCUGGAGCACAGGCCUCUUUGACUGCACAUCUGACAUGAAAACCUGUUGCUGUGCCCUGUGGUGUUUGCCAUGUAUGCAGUGUCAGACUGCUUCUGAUUUUGGUUGGUGUUUCUGCAUGCCCCUGCUGGACUGCUGUCUGACUGUCUCCUGCUGCCUUCGCAGCAAAAUGAGGGAGCGCUAUAAUAUUAAAGGCUCCAGCAUUGAAGACUGCUUCACUGUGCUUUGCUGUUACGCCUGUGCCUGGUGCCAGAUGGCACGUGAGUUGAAGACCCGUGGCUAGACAGAUUUUUGUGGAAAUUGCCCUUUUGCUUUUUUGAAGUUUCAAAAUUUCAAAUCUUCAAAGCUUGUGACUAAAAAGGGCUUGUGAUUAAAAAUGUGCAUCAGUGUAUAGCACAUUGCUUGUUUUCUACUUUGACCAUGACUUGCUAUAACCAUGUUCCAAAUAUCCCUUUUUUAUACAAUAUUAGCCUAUAUUAGUAACCCCUUUUAAUUUCAUUUCAUAAUUUCAUCAGACUUACUGAUCACCAUAUACUUUACAAAAAGAAAAUUUUGUUGGGAUUAUCUGGUGUACCUUUGCAUGUUAUUCUUAAUGAUUUAAUAAAGCAAAUAAAGACUUGUUUAUACUGCUGGUA